AGAUAAGAAGGACGGAAUGAGAGUAGAAGUGUGGGUAGAAGAAUGGAAGUGGGACAGAGAGGAAGAGGGUGUGAGUGUGGGUGAGUGGGAGCAAAGAGAGUGCAAAAGGAAAGAAGAAUAUGCAGUACCUGAAAAUCCUGAAACUGAACCUAGAAAAGAUAGAGAAAAUAGAUUAAAAAAUAAAAGAAAUGCUAAAUAUAGAUAUUAUCAAGCAUUAGAAGAAGGAAAUGCAGGAGGACCUUCAACAAGAACAAGGUCUAGAACUUCUAAAGCAUCAUCAGACUCAAGAAUAAAAACAAAAGAAGGUCAAAAAGAUAGACAACAAGUACAUAGAGCUUCUUUGAGUGAAGCAAAAAAAAAAGAAAAUUUAGAAAAAAGAAAAAAAGCAUAUAAAAAGAAAAAACAAGAACAGUUUGAACAAUUUUAUAAAAUAGGAUAUUGUAGGGAAAAACCAGGACUUUGUUGCAUGAAUGGUCAAGUUGUAUUAGCACCACUUCAAGCACCACCACCAGAAAUUCUUUAUUUUCUUACAGAAAAAGAUCCAAUAUCUAAA